CGGAAUCACAGAGUGGUGCGCAUUUUCAAGAAGGCAGCGAAGCUGGACGAUACUCUUAUGGAACUUGCAGUCGCAGUUUAUUUCUGCAUUGAAUCAAAUGAAUGUUUUUCAUUAUGGAAAGCUGAAGAAGUUUUGGAAAAUUCAGCGAGCGCCAGCAGCGUACUGGACGAGUAUUUGAAGAGGCAUAAUGGAGGAUACAGAGAAUAUUGUGCAGAAUUGCCCGUUCGCCUACUCGGUGUAUUGCAUCGAGUGAAUAGAUUUGCGGUGUUUGGAGCGAUGUGUUGCCCAAACGUCCGAUGGAGAAGUGAAUCCUGUCUAACAAUGAUAGACUUAUUUUGGAGUAUAAAAUGCCGCGCGGCAAUUGCUUGGGAACCGCAGAAGCCACUGAAAAUUGAAGAAAUCGAAGUUGCACCGCCAAAAGAAGGUGAAGUCCGAAUAAAGGUGAUUUUAAAGAGCAUACUUGUAUCACGAGCCGUCAAUCUGCGUCUCUUCCGGAACAAAAAUGCCCAACUGCUUGCCUGUAUUUUCGUUGAAUUGGAGAAAGAGAGUGGUUUUUAUUCGUUUAAGAUUCUCUAUGCAGCAAUUUGUCAUACGGAUGCGUACACGCUGGGUGGUAAUGAUCCGGAAGGGAAGUUUCCAUGCAUUCUCGGGCAUGAAGGUGCUGGUGUGGUGGAAAGUGUUGGUGCUGGAGUGACCGGCGUCCAGCCAGGUAUUUGUUCACCACUGCUCAGAAUUUCUUAUUAUGUUUUGUUUUCCAAAAUUUCAGGUGAUCACGUAAUUCCGCUUUUUAUGCCACAAUGUAAAGAAUGUGAGUAUUGUCUCAAUCCAAAAACGAACCUUUGUCAACGUAUUCGGUAA